GCUCCGAACUGCUCCAACACUGCGGGCCGACUGGGCGCUGACAACCGCCCUGUGAGCUUCUACAAGUUGUCAUCAUCUGUUGCUGAGACAUUGUGAGAGCUGCUUCCUGGCUUCCCUGCCUCCACUCUUGUGCCCCUUACAAGAACAACUUACUUGGAGAGCACUUACGAUAUGCCAGGCACUGUUCAAGCGCUCCGCAUAUAAUAAUGAGAAGAAUAACGACAACUGUACAGAGUAACCAGAUGACAUUAUAAAGAUCGGUUCAUGUUCCCACUGAAGGACGGCCCCCGACUGCAGGCCUGGCUGCGGCACAUGGGCCACGAGGACUGGGUACCCAGCUGCCACCAGCACCUGUGCAGCGAGCACUUCACGCCCUCCUGCUUCCAGUGGCGCUGGGGUGUGCGCUACCUGCGGCCUGAUGCCGUGCCUUCCAUUUUCUCCCCGGCAUCGCCUACUGAGAAGCAGCAGAGUUCCCUAAGCACCGAGAAGCCAGUCGUGUCUCCCUCCCCACCAGACACCACGCCCCUGUCCCCAGGCCCAGCUGUCUCAGUCCCUGGCCCCGUGCACCUCGCGGUACUAGGGCCGGCACCCAGAGGCCCCGAGGCCCCGGCCACCAUGUUCCUGACCCCCGUGCCCCUUCCGCCUGCUCCUGCCAGGCCACAGCCUGGAGUCCGGGCCCGGCCCCCCCUGGCCGGGCUGGGCGCCGUCCUGGGAGCACUGCAGCGGCGCGUGUGGAGGCUGCAGCGGCGCCAGGAGCAGCACCAGGUGCAGCUGCGGGCCCUGGAACAGCUGGCGCGGCAGCUGUGCAAGGAGAGCCUGCCAGCUGGGCACGCCAGGGCCUGCUCUGCCCGGUGAGUGCGGCCCCCUGGCCCCCAUGGCAUACGUAUUUCCAUUUAAAAGUCAGAACGUUUCACUCAUGUUUCCACAUUUCUGGCUUUUCUUCAAAAAAAAAAAAAAAAAAGUCGGUUGCAAUGCCUACCACCUGUUGAUCAGAGCAAGGUAAUAUGUUAAUAAUAUUUAAGGGAGCCUUUAUGCUCUGCCAGACAGAGUUAAUAACGUAUUGAAAACUCACUGUGACCUUGACACUGCGGCUAUCCCCAUUUUUCAGAUGAAAGAUCAGGCACAAAUCUUGCCCAAAGUCAAGCAGCCAGUAAGUUGCAUAACCUCGAUUCAAACUGUGAGAGAGCUCCUGACUGGCCCCUGUAGAGCGUGAGUUUGGUCUCCUGAGCCCCAUCUAAAGGCCCCCUUUGCUCCUAUAGUUUACUACUGGAUGUUGGAAGAAGGCAUCGUGUCUUUAGAAGUCAAAGUUGACCAGGCCUUUUCCCUGCUUCAAACCCCAUGACCAACUUUGAGGUUUUCGGGCUCUCAGCCCUGCCUGGGCAAGAGAUAGGAAGAGGUUUCAGAAAGGAGCCCCCAGAGUAGCUCUGUGGCUAAGGUGUCUGCCUGAUGGCCAGUUGAUUGGACAUAGCUAACAUAUAACAAUGUUUUCUGGUCGGUGGUGCUUUAAAAUAAUUGUUGUUCUUUCCUAAAGGCUCAGCAGAUAUAGCAGCACUGGGUUCGUGUUCUCAGAUAGGAGCAGUCAGCUAGAACUGUAGCGUGGCUGCCCCUGGAGGCUUCCUUCGUGUUUGAGACUGUGGCCUAACCAUGCUGGGGCACGAGAGGGACAUACAAAGAGUAGGGACAGAGCUCAAAUUCAGGUCUGGGAUUCUUCAGGAAGCCUGCCACAGUCCCUGGGCUGACAGUGUCUCUCUGCCUCCCCUGCCCCCAUUCAAUCCCUGUCUCUCAAUCUCCUCCUCACACGCCCCCUCCAAUUCAUCUUUAUGUUUCUGCUGCCCCAUCUCUCUGCCCUCCUGUUUCUCCAUUUCCCCACGUCUUUCUUUAUCUGUAUCUUUCUUUCUGUGUCCCCCAUCUCUGUCUCUCUCUGUCUUCCCCUGUGUUUUGCCUAUCCCCAUAUCUGUCUCUCGAUGCCCCCCCAAUAUUUCCCUCUGUUUCCCCAUACCUCUUUAUUCCCCCAUGAAUGUCUCUCUGGCCUCACAUCUGUUUCCCUGUCUCCCCACAAAUCUCUACCUACAUCUCUCUGUGUUCCUUGAUACCCCCUCCCACGUCACCCUCCCUGGUCCUCACCAUUUCUUCCCCCUUCUCCUUCCUUUCCCCUCUCCUUCCCUCCCCUCAUUCCCCUGUGUUCUCCAGCUCUGUCACUUCCUUGUCUGGGAAUGCCCAGUUCCCUGGACCUGAGGAAUCCCAUUAUCUGUGGAGGGCCUGACACAGCUGUGUUCCUUGCCCAAAGUCCUGUAUCUGUCACACUGGAUGCCAAGCCUGAGCUCCUGGACACUCAGACCUCCAGUGCAUAAGGACUGGGACAGAUCAUGUUGCAGGACAGAUGACAGAAGACAGAGGAAGAGAGACUCAUCAUACUCGUUCCUGUGUUCCUAGCCCACCAUCCAUGCCUAGGCCAUUGCACCUCCCUCAAGGGUCUGGCUCCAAGUACCCCCUCCUAAGGGACCCCUUGAACCUUGGGGCUGACCUAGGCCCAAGCCCCAUCAGCCACUCUUCCCCUUGGUGCCAGGUCCCUGCCAUCCCUAGUUUGAACCUUUGCAGUCAGUAAAACAGUCUCAGGGCAGAACAAGAGUUGUUUAUUUGGGGAGAAUUGUACCUGGUUCUGAAGAGCCCUCAUACCCUUUGCGAAGCCUGGUGCUGAGCUGGAUGCACAGCAGUGAACACAGCUGACAAAGUCCUGCCCUCAUGGUGCUUCUAUUCUGCUUGAGUAGACUAUAAGCCAGUCAACUAAUAAACAAGAUAAUUUCA